GUCAUUCUUUAUAUAGCCUGCAAUAGUAACUUUGCGUUAUCAAACAGUGCUCCCUUUCUUCUACUUCCUUCUUAUCUUAUUUUCUACUGUAAGCAAGCAAUGGCCAUUCAAUGAUUACACUCUUAAUCCUCAAUAAUUCCGGAGACGUAAUAUAUCAAUCAACCCAAAAACACCAACCGAGCGAAGGAAGCAAAAUACGCUACUUGCCUCUAUUAUUGACCAAAGACCUACUCAAAGCCAACUUCCACGACCGCAUACAAUAUCUUCAUACUCGAAACAAGACAAUCACCUUUUUAGAGAAACAUGGCUUACUGUACAUUGCAUGGACACAACGAGCAAGCAUUCCAGUCAAUCUGGUACACCAACAUCUUUUCGUUAUCGAUCGACUCCUAAGAUUCCAUUUUGGACCGCAAUGGCAUAUGCGUGUAGAAAAUAUAUCUGCGUCCAGAGGUGGUAGAUAUAACAACCACCAUGGUCACCGACGUCAACAUCAAGAAAUAUCCUUAGCUCAAGUGUCAGCAUGCAUCGAGCGACUGUCAUUGAUAAGCACGCAACCACUAUAUUCGCCGGAUAUGCUGUGCUCUGUCGAACAGGUUGAGCUGCAUGAUGAUCUACGUAACCGACUAGCACAGACGCUGCGCCAGUGCUGCGACAUGGCGUUUUCAUUUUCACCCGCGCCAGCAACACGCUUCACAUCAUUUUUUGCAACACCGCCAAGGAUUCACCCAUCAUCGCGGUCUUCUUCUUCUCAACAGCAUCAGGAUCAUCAUCGUCGAACAAAUAGUUUCCAAUAUCAUCAUGAAGGAGGAACCCCUGUGGGAUCGUUGAUGUGGUCGGAUGCGUUCUUGUUUGCGAAGAACAAAAUUGUCGUACGGUGUGCCAAGUCUGAGAUUGAUGAGCUGAUGGAAGAAGAUCUACCGCACGAGGUGUUGUUUUACUUGUGCAAUAUGGCAGCCGAGUAUGCAGAUCAGGCUACGGCCAGAGAAGAUCUUGCAGGAAAACGACAUGUUUUACACGCACCAAGUCGGUCACAAAACAUUUUAGAAUCAAGCUAUUCUGCGGACAGCAUCCACAAGCCCGUUUAUGCAACCUCAUCCGAUUCCACGCCAACUCCGCAGGCUUCAUCUUCCGAAGCAACUGGUAGCCAGAAAUCUUCCGUAACCUACGUCUACGACUCCUCCUCAAUCUCGGCCCCGUUCAAAGUCAAGGAAAAGUCUGCCUCGUCUGUCACUGUCGCCUCAUCCAACUGCUCGACACCCUCUUUAUCUUGGAGCAGUCCGCCUCCUUUGGUUCACAACCAGCUUUUAACGCGACUGACUCGACGUAGUGGCGAGCAUCAUCAUCAACAACAACAACAUCAUCACCAUGCACCCUCCAAACUGCAUCAUCCACUUAUACCAAAACAAGUAAACACAGAAGAAAACAACAAUGUUGAUGACGAAGAAGAAAUAGUGGUCGAAGAAGAGGAGUUGCCACGCAACGCAAAGAUUCAUCAUUCAUCGAACGAACAGGCAGAGGACGAGGCUGCGAAUUGUUUGUCCAGUAGCUUGCCUUUGGAAACUGGUGUGUUUCGAGGAGGACGACGACGGAGCAGUAACAAUAGCAGCAACACAACAGCUACUACUAAACAGCCCGUAUUAUUUCAAUCAUCAGCACCUUCCUCACCCUCUGUACGCUCACGUAGCCAGAGCAACGCAGACCGAUUAUCGACCAAGCAAUCACUCAGGCACAUGUUUAGCUCGUUUUUACACAACGACAGCAGUAGCGACGACGGCGCGGAUGCAACAACAGCAAACAUGCCUGACAAUGAGGCCAAGAUCAUGUCACGAUGGAUCAAAAUUGGUCACCGACUCGUGCUGUGCCUUAUUCUGCUGAUUCAUCUCGGGGACGGACUUUGCACCGCCAUCAUUUGUCGUCGUGACCAUGAUGUAAUUACAUCCCCAUUCUUCAUUGUACCAGACUCGCAUACCAUUGAAACGAUCCGUGAUAAAAUGACAAAUCACGGCGUGGCUCGAACGCUACGUACCAGUUUACAAGAGCAUUGGCAAGACUUUACUACCUUUUUAUUGACAAAGGAAGCUACCCAUUUCACUAUCCUAUCAUUUAUUACCGCGUUUCCGGGUCUAUUACAUUUUAUCCAUUUGAAAGAUGGCGUCAUGCUUGCCCCAAGGAUUGUGGAUUUGAGCGAGUUUAAUCAGAACCAUGGUCUGUUGUUGGAAAUCGGUGAAAAGUAUCAGCAAUGGGCGUCCUCUUCCUCUUCCUCCUCUUUGACGACCAAUGACGUUGAUAAUGCUAGCUGUCAGCAACAACAACAACCAUCGUCAUCAUUUACCUGGGGAUGGCCAUCAAUAACAAAACUGCAAGAUUUGUGCGAGCAAAUGGUGCAGAACGAAUCACACGAUGAGGAACGACACAUUGUGCAGUUGGAUUCGACGGCUGGUCGAGGGUUCCAAUGUGCAUACCAGCGUGGCAAGCACGGUGAUUUACUGAUGGCGCUUUACUUUAGCUUCAUACCCAGCAAUGUGUUACUGGACAUGCAUCGACGCUUGUUCCUGGACGUAAGCCAACGCUUACCCUGAAAAAAAAAGAAAUCCAUUCUGUAUACCCUACGUACCUCUUACUU